AUGGAAGAAGAGAUCUUAGAGUUUGAAGAGAUCGAGUUCCACAAUUUUAUCAGAAAGCACGUUGUAAGUGUAAGAUUUUUUCCUUUAUCUCAAUUUAGGUAUGUCUUCUUUUCCUAAUUGGACUCUAUUUUCUGAGCUUUCAAAUUAUUCAACGGUUCAAGACAAGGUCCGACAACGACGAUUUGUAUUCCGGAGACGAGGAUUUUAUAGUCUACAGGAUAUCGUAAGUAGAUGUAACGAGUCUGUGAUUUUUAGAGUAUGGAUGUGCACCUUCUCCCUGGCCGUGUCCAUUGGGGCCAUCACUCUCUUACCAUUCUCCGUAUUAGGUUCUGAAGUGUUGUUGUUGUAUCCUGACAACUUUUAUUUCAAAUGGCUAAACAUGUCGUUGAUUUCAUCUCUGUGGAACUACAUCUUCCUUUUGAGUAACGUCUCUUUAUUCUUUCUUCUUCCCUUUGCCUACUUCUUUCUUGAAUCUCAAGGUCUCAGUUUUCACCAUCGGCCCAAACCUUUUCUCUCUCGUGUUUAUGAGACUAUCGCUGUCUGUGUUUUAGUGUUCAUUUUGAUGAUAUGUUUAGCUAAUGUUGCUUAUUCGCUUUAUCAGCCCGAGGGUCUUCAUUUGGUUCUCUCUUUGCUCAAUUUCUCAAAUCUUUCGAUUCCAUUGGUCUAUUCUCUAGUGUCCUUGGUUGGAGUUGCUCUUCUCUUGAUUUCAACUCCAAUUGGGUUCGCCAAGAUGUUUGACUUUGCCACAACUUUAUUAAUCGACGAAGAAGAAGAAGUUAAUGUUGAGAUUAACGACAACCUCGUGGAAGGUAAUGCGGUUACAAGUUCCACAAGCGCCACAGAUGUUUUAAUUCGGAAAAGACUGAUUGGAAGCGCGGGCGAUGCCAAUCUAAACUCCAGAGAAUUCGAGCAGCUGAAAAUGGAUAAACCCAAGAUUUCGAUGUUUCGAUUGUUCUUUGAUACAGUGAAAUAUCCGGUUGUUAUGGUUAUGCUGGUUACAUUAACUGUGAGUCAGACUCUAGUAAUUGUUACCUUUAUUUAGGUGUUCUCAGUGUCGAUUGUCUUGAUAAAUACAUUCAAGUUGACAUUUGGAUUCAGAGAACUCAACGAGUAUGUACAAUAUGUGGAGGUAUGUGUGUCUCAAUAGCAAUAAAAUUUUAGGUUCGAUCACGUCAUCGAUUUGGGAUUCCUGGAGCUCUGGUAGAAAAUCUGAUAAUUGUGUAAGUGUUGUGUAAAUCAUUUUACCUUAUUUUAGGUACAUCUUCUUCUCUGCCCUGGUUGGCGUUUAUUCGAUGCCCCUACUUCGAAGGGUCAGACCCAAGAAGAAACAAACGUCCAUGACAAAUGUUAUUGCCAAUUGUGUGACCAUCUUAAUGCUGAGCUCAGCGUUACCCAUACUGGCGAACACUCUCGGUAAGUUUUUGUAUUUUACUUCGAAUGUUUAGGUAUCACUUCGUUCGACCUUCUAGGUGGGUUUGGCCAUCUUAAUUGGAUCUCAAACUUUUCGUUGGUUUGGUUUUGCAAUAUCUUCUUCGCGAUUGCUUCCUCGAUUUGUCUUCUGAAUAAGUUUACAUUCAAAGUUCGGGUAGAAUUAUGGAAAAGGUAGGGGAAUGUAAUUUUAUUACGUAGAAUGCCUUAGGAUCUCACAAAUCGGUUCAAGAAGAACCUUAAAGCAAGAUUAA